UUAAAAUUUGCACUGACUCGCCUACCUUGUGUGGUGUGCGGAGCAAAAUAAAGAUGAAAGGCUUUCGAAUCCUCGGUAUCAGAGAGCAGGAUACGCUACUACUGGCUGCCUUCUCUUCCUUCCGUCUCCCUUUCUCUCUUCUUCUUCGUCUUCUUAGACUGUUAUGACGACGGUGGGCGUCCUGGCGCUGCAGGGUUCUUUUAACGAGCACAUGGCGGCGUUGCGGAGGAUAGGGGUGAAAGGGGUGGAGAUAAGGAAGGCGGAGCAACUGCAGGCCGUCGACGCCCUCAUCAUCCCGGGCGGCGAGAGCACCACCAUGGCCAAGCUCGCGCACUACCACAACCUCGUCCGCCCUCUUCUAUCUUUUCCUGCUUUACGAGAAUUUGUAAGUACUGGGAAGCCUGUCUGGGGAACCUGUGCAGGACUUAUUUUCUUGGCAAACAAAGCAAUUGGUCAAAAGUCAGGAGGCCAAGAGCUUAUUGGGGGACUAGACUGCAUUGUCAAUCGAAAUUUUUUUGGUAGUCAGCUUCAGAGCUUUGAAACAGAACUGUCAGUCCCUAAGCUUGCAGAGGAGGAAGGGGGGCCUAAUGGUUUCCGUGGAGUUUUUAUACGUGCACCAGCCAUCUUAGAAGUAGGACCUGAUGUCGAGAUAUUAGCAGAUUGCCCUGUUCCUUUGGAAACGAAAAAGAGUAUAAUGUCUGUUGACAAUGGCCAGGAGGAGGAAAUAGUUUCUCGUGAGAGAGUAAUUGUUGCAGUAAGGCAAGGGAACUUACUGGGGACUGCUUUUCACCCUGAACUGACUACUGACCUGCGAUGGCACAGUUUAUUCUUGAAAAUGAAGAAAGACAGCAGUGAUAGGUGCUUGCAACGCGUUCCCACAUCAGGAACAGACUUAGAAGAUUCUCUAGGAAAGAGACCUUUCGAUCUCCCCAUUUAUGAAUGAUAUUAAAGAUGACAACCAACAAGUUGACUUGUCUGUACUUAGGUUGUUCACAUUCUAGCAGCUCCAUGAGAUUUAUCUCAUAAUGAAACUUUCAUUUAUUUAUGUAAUGCCCCUUCAAAUUUCUACCUCUUUGAAAUUGUUUCAGGUACAAAAAACAAAACAUACCAGAUGUUGUUUGGACAA